CAAGAUUAGUGGAUCGAUUAGUUUUAGAUCUGAAAAAUAAAAACCAUACUUUGUUGAUCGAUUUUGCAUAAUCAUCUCUAGAAAAUAUGGAGAAUGAAUUGGAUUUAACACUGAGGUUGGGUCUGCCGAGUCCGGUUGUUGAGACAGAACUGAGCUUAAACACUUCCAGCACUAAUCAGGGGAUCAUCGUCAACGGUGGCCGCCGAGAAAACAACAACGACGGCGGAGAGAUUUACCGUCGCCGUCGCAUUCUCCGGGAAGAAGAUAAUGCCAACGUCCAUAUCAGAUACUACAAUCUAAUCUUCAACCACUUUGCCGGCAUCGGCGAGACCUUGAAUUUCAAUCCUUAUCCGAUGCCUCAGUCUCCGUCUUCGUCGUCGGUUCCGGCGCCGGCGAGUUCUACGGGGAGUGACUAUGUUCUGAUUGAUGUUCCUGCUAGGAGAGCACGUCGUAAUAACUCUUUGGUGAUUGAAAACGCUCUGGACGCAAACGCAGACGUGAAGCGGCGUCGCGGCUGCGGUGGCGGUUGCGGUGGAAGGAUCGACGGGACAAGGAAGUGUACGAACAUGAACUGCAACGCAGUUACCACUCCUAUGUGGCGAAGGGGUCCACUUGGUCCCAAGACUUUAUGCAAUGCUUGUGGGAUAAAGUUCAGGAAGGAGGAAGAGAGGAAAUCCAAAAGGAAUUGAGUGAUUGUUGUAUUUGAAUUUGAUUAAAAAUAAAAUAAAGAGAGAGAGAUUAAAUGUAUGUUGUUAAUUAGGCAUAUUUAUAUGUCUCUGAUUAAGCUUUGUGAGAGGAAAGCUAAAUUUU